AUGGAGAACGAGUCCACGUUCGUCGCACCAGAGGGCGUCUACUCGCUCACAGAGGACCACAAGCCCGUCCCCGUCACCCACAACGCACCCGGCCCGCUCUUCCCCACCCGCCUCUCCGCCGCCCUCGUCCGCUUCCCCCCCGCCAAGCCCGCGCCCUCCCCCGGCCUCACCCAGCUCCUCGGCGGCAGCAAGGACUCCUGGAAGGACAGGGCCCCCCCGCACAGGGACGACGCCGCCAGCGUGUCCAGCAGCGACUCCCCGGACGACCCCACCUCCCCCGACCCCUCCAACGCUCAGGACAGCGUCCCCCCCACCCCCGUCCCAUCCCACGACCAGCACCAUGGCCUCUUCGCCCACCACCCCGCCCCCAAGAAAAAGUCCGCCUCCCGCCCGAAGCACAACAUGCGCACGACCUCCUCCACCUUCAUCACACGCCUCCACUCCCUCGAGGGCCUCUCCAGGGCCCUCCAGGCGAAGCAGGGCGACGUCACCUUUCUCUUCUACAACUCUGCAAAGAACUUUUACUGGUUAGAAACAGGCUUGAAGUCAAAGGACCCGUUGACGCGCAUAUCCUUCUCCGCCUACCCCACUUGCCACGACGUCAACCAAGCAACCGUCUCCCACGAGCACAUAGACGUCAUCAUCGGCUUCAACACCGGCGACCUCGUCUGGUUCGACCCCAUCGCCUCGCGCUACGGCCGCCUCAACAAACAGGGCCGAAUCUCCAAAUCCCCCUGCACCGCCGUCCGCUGGGUCCCCUCCUCCCCGAACCUCUUCCUCGUCUCCCACGCAGACGGCACCAUCAUCGUCUACGACAAAGACCGCGACGACGGCCUCUUCGCGCCCCAGCACCCCCACUCCGGCCUCCCGCAGCCGCCCUCCGCCCGCCCAGCCGCCGGCGCCGGUGAGUGGAACCCCCUCGACACGAUCUUCGUCACCAUGCCGCCCUGGCACCCCCGCGACAAGGCGGCGAAGAACCCCGUCAGCCACUGGAAGGUCGCCCACCGCAGCAUCGUAGAUUUCGUGUUUUCGCCCGAUGUUAAAUACGUCGCUGCCAUCUCGGAGGACGGGUGCCUACGGGUGAUCGAUACCCUGGCGGAGCAGCUCGUCGACUGCUACGCGGCGUACUUUGGCGCGCUCACCAGCGUCGCGUGGUCCCCCGACGGGCGGUUCAUCAUCACCGGCGGGCAGGACGACCUCGUGAACAUCUUCUCGCCGUGGGAGCAACGCGUCAUCGCGCGCUGCCAGGGCCACUCGUCCUUCGUCUCGGCCGUCGCGUUCGACGACGCGCGCUGCGACGGCAGGACGUACCGCUUCGGCAGCGUCGGCGAAGACAACAAGCUCAUCCUGUGGGACUUCUCCAGCGGCGUGCUCCACCGCCCGAAGCUGCAGCCAACGCAGCGCCUCUCGACCGCCUCGACGCUCUCGCUCGCCCUCCGCCGCCGCGACGCCGCCGCCACGGACCGCUCGACGCUCCACCUCCCCACCCCGCUCGCCGACGGCCCGCUCCCGCGCUACCACCCCGCGCCCUCGCGCAACGAGGUAGCAGUCGUGCAGCCCGUCCUGGUGAAGCAGCUCGAGGGCGACAUCCUCACCGCCGUCGCCUUCCUCCCCCGCGCGCUCCUCACCGCGUCCAAGGUCGGCCACGUCAAGCUCUGGAUCCGCCCGCUCGCCGUGCGCGCGCGCCGCCUCAAGCACGGGCACGCCGCGCACCGCGUCGCGUCGAUGACCCUCGACAGCGUCGGGUGA